UCACCAGCUAGAACAAUCAUUAUACCAUCCCGCUCUAGUAAAACCGCCUCCAUACUAUGAAUCUAUGAUCCAGGUGGCGCCGGAGCCCCACUGUUGUGAACACUGCCAUUGCGGUGCACAUGUAACUCUUACCCCGCCACUGCCCGGCCUAACUACAUCGACUACAUCUUCUCUCUCCCUCCAGCCCUCAGCUACCAUCACUCCUCUUGGCCUUUCUCACUCCGCACUCUCCGAACUCCUUCUUCAGAAAUCCCUCUCUUUCGCCUCCUCUUUGCAUUAUGCACUCCCGCACAGCGUCCCACGCCGGCUCCUGGUACACCGCCGACAAGGCCGAACUCUCCCAGCAACUCGACACAUGGCUGGCUGCCGUCCCCAGCUCCACUACUCCCAUCGGCACAGUCUCGUCGCAGAAUGGUCCCGUAGCGAUACCUACGCCCGGCGCUAGAGCCAUCAUUGCACCGCAUGCUGGAUACUCAUAUUCCGGGCCUGCCGCUGCAUGGGCCUACAAGAGCAUAGAUUGGAGCAAGGCAGAACGAGUCUUCCUGCUCGGCCCUUCGCACCAUUACUACCUCCACGGCGCUGCCACGACGAGCUUCGACGCAUAUUCGACACCUCUGGGCCCUCUGCGCAUAGACACAGAGUUGGUAGAGAAGCUAGCAAAAGACCUAGACCUGAUGCACAUGUCCACUCUGGUCGACGAGGCAGAGCACAGCCUGGAGAUGCAUCUGCCCUACAUCUACAAGAUGCUGUCAUUACACUUCUCCCCCUCCUCCAUGCCACCCCUCGUCCCCAUCAUGGUCGGCAGCACGUCGCCCUCCACCGAACGCUUCCUCGGCGCCCGCCUCGCCCCCUACCUCCGCGACCCGGGCAACGUCUUCGUCAUCAGCUCCGACUUCUGCCACUGGGGCUCCCGCUUCCGAUACACCUACUACCUCUCGCCAAAAGAGGACGGUGUCGCCGAAGAAGAAGAGGAGGAGGAGGAAGAAGGAGAAGACCAUAGACCCAUCCACCUCCGAUCCGACACUCAAGUGUCACGCUCGCGCCCCAUACACGAGUCCAUCGCCCUCGUCGACCAGGAGAGCAUGGACGCCGUCGAAUCGGGCAAGCACGACGUCUUCCUCGCGCAGCUGGAGCGCACGGGGAACACGGUGUGCGGCCGGCAUCCGAUUGGCGUCUUCAUGGCGGCAGUCGAGCGGGCCGAGGUCGUGGAUCGCGAGGGGAAGGGCGACGCAGAGUCUGGCCGCGGGAGGUUCCGGUUCGUACGGUAUGAGCGGAGUUCGUUGGUGGAGAGGGUGCGGGAUAGUAGUGUGAGUUAUUGCAGUGCAUUUGCGGUGCUGUGAGUGCUGGAGGACUGUCGGAGAGGAUAUAGACGGUUACAACUUUGCAAACAACGGAUAGACAUCCUUAAUAAUGAUAUCUCAACUGCAAUUCAUGUGGCGACCAGAGAGAAGAGAGUGAAGAAGGAAGGGAGCAGCCCAACAGGGUGCUACUCACUAAUUAUCCAUAAUCUUUAAGCUGCAUCUAUCUCUCUGCUUCAUCAUUAGUUGGGAAGAAAAGG